AUGGCUGGAAAAUCGGCUUAUACGGGUUCCGCAGAUACUGCGCUGCGCGAAGUGAAACACCUGAUUGACGAAGGCCAACUUGCGCAAGCUAGUCGUCUGUGCCACAAGGCAAUCCGAGUCCAUGGCGGAGUGAACGAGUUAUACCGGGCCAAAUGCUACUGUGACAUCCAGCUGUCCCUGUGGCAGUCAUGUCUCGACACUGUGGGGUGGCUCCACCUGUUCGUCGAGCACCCGGCCGUUGUUUACAGCGGCAACAAGCGGUGCCCGAAGCGGCUACGAACUGAAAAUCGCCAGCGUCGGGAAGAGCAGCACGCAGAUCGACUUGAGGCCGUACGUGGAGCUGCCGGCACCCACAUUGCCAACGGAGAAUGCCAGUGGCUGCACUUUGAGCAGGCAUACAGCUACUACAAAUUAGGUGACCCUGAGAGGGCGCUGAUUGCGUUGCGUAUGUGCUCAUCGGACGAGCGCCCACGUGUGCUGCACAAAAGCAACGUGGCGGCUGAUUCCGCGGAGGCGUCCGAUGAUGACGUGCAUUUGGACGAGACGCUGUCUCCGAAGUACCGCUUUCUGCUGGCCCAAGUUUACGUACGGCUUGGGCGCUACUCUGCUGCACGCGCGCUCUAUGCGUCAGCGUUGGCCUCGAAGAACGACCCGCUGGUUGCCCUCAACUCCCUGAGCACGGACCUCAACCUGGUGCCCGAGCUCGACGAUGCCUCUCGGAACUCGAUUUUCGCGGCCAUUGAGCGCGGCAUCACCGAGAAGUCCGGAACAGGAGACAGCUUGGGGUACGAGUACUUCUACAACUGGGCCAUCGCGAAGCUGUUGGAAGGCGAUUUCGAAAGCUCGCAGGGGCACUUGGACGUGUCGGAGGAGCGUCUGACUGCGGAGCUACAAAACGACCUCGGUGAAAAACAGACGUCCAAGGAUCAGCCGGAAUACGCGGCACUCGGCGCGCUGCGCGUGUUCCUGCUGCAUCGGCGCGGGUGCCAUGAUCUGGCUCGCACCCACAGCGACGCGUUGCUGGACAGUUUCGACUCCACGGAAGGUGUCGACCCCGGCGUCCUCCUGAUCCUUCGCAACAACGCGCUUUGUCUCUGCGGCCAAGACGCCGAUACGUCGAAUUUGAUGUUGAAGAUGGAGCUGCUUCUGAAGCGUGCCAACGUGGUCUGCAAGUUUACGCGCCGUGAACUUUUGGACGUCCACCGCAAUAUAGUGCUCCGUCUGUUGGCAAGCGGCGACAUCAGCGCUUGCCGCCGACACCUUUUGAAAUUCGUGGGCCGGCUGCGACAUGACGACAGCCUGCACAACUGCCUCGCCUGCGCAGAGUAUGUGGAGGGCAAGAUCGAUUGCAGCAUCAACGUGUUGAAGCGCGGUAUUGCCGCCAACCCUGGCAGCCUGAUGUUGAUUCGCUCGCUUCUGAACGUGCUGGUGGCUACCCGCCGUUUCAAAUCGGCUCUGCACACUGCGCAGGCGUACGAGGCCACCUUAUCGGGCGGUGACGCGUCCGGUUUUUACUGGUGGGUGGUGAUGCAGUGCCACAUAAACAUGGGAAACCGCCAAGGUGUUGUCGAGGUGCUCUCGCGCCUGGUUGAGCUCGCAGAUUGCGCGGAGACCGCCUCUACAAUGCAGCAGGGCUGUCGUUUUCUCGAAUCGCAAGGCAUGCACUCCGAAGCCGCGCAGAUAUACCGACACCUGCAUGCGAGCAACCCCGAAAACGCCACCGCCCUCUGCGGUGUCCUGUUCAACGAGUCGUUUUUGCCUGGUGCCGCCGGCGCCACGCAGUGCACCUUGCCCGCGUCGUUCACCGGGCCUCUGUUCAAGGAGCUCCGCUACAUCGAUCCGGAGGAUCUGGAGGCCGCAGGGACCUUGUCUUACGUCCGUCAAAUGGAGGAGGUGCGCAAGCCCACCAAAUCGCGUAAGCGUCGUCGUGCGCCCAAAGUGGACACGUCGCGUGGUCCUCCCGACCCCGAGCGCUGGCUGCCCAAGUACCAGCGCGCCGCGUUCAAGAAGCAGCUGAAGCGCAGGAAGGACAUGCACAAGGGCCAAACGCAGGGCGCCACUGGCGCCGCCACGAGCAACAAGCCCACCAGCGUCACCAUCAGCACGGAUGCUGCCAACACCAGGUUUGGACUUGUGAUUAGCUACGUCAUCCGCUUGCAGGCGCCGCCGCGGCAGGAAGAAGUGAGUGCCACGUAG